AAAUAUUGUAUAUUAUAUAUCAUAUAGAAUAUUCUGUUAUUUAUUGAAUAAAUAUUUAAUUAAUAUUAAUAUUUCAAAUAUAUCUCAAAUAUAAUAAAAUCUUUUUGUAAAUUGUAUUUUAUUACAAUAUUUUACUCACAAUAUUAAAUUAGCUUUAUUAAUUAGAAUUUUUAUAUUCAACUCAAUUAAUCAGAAAUUUUACUACUUAUCGUCUCGAUAUCAACCAAAAAUAUCUCGCAUAGGUGUCACCUUUUUACAGUUGAUAAGAGACUAUUGCACACUAAUAUAUCAUGUAAUAAAAAAAAAUCGUAAAAUUUUAAUAUCAUUAUACUUAUUGUUCAAAGAGAAAUAAUAGAAAAUGGUUUUACGUCAUCACGUUGAAGGAUUCGAAAAUUUUUUCGAAUUUAUGAAAAAUUUUAAAUCUAAUGAAUCAAUUUACAUACUUUAUACUGGAAAAAAACUUCCUAACGGCAAAAGUUGGUGUCCAGACUGUGUUGAAGCUGAACCUUUUAUAGAAGAAGGAUUUAAAAUAGCUCCUACAUCAGCACAUUUAAUUGAAGUUGAAGUUGGAGAUCGGCCGUAUUGGAAAGAUUUAAAUUGUCCAUUUCGAGCAAAUUCAGUUACAAAAUUAAAAGUUCUACCUACUUUAGCAAAAUGGGGUACACAAAAACGUUUGGAAGGAAAUCAAUGUUUAAAACUUGAUCUAAUUGAAAUGUUACUUGCUGAUGAAGAUGAUUAGAUAGUUCUAUUCUACAUGAUGAUAUGGAUAUCCAAAAUGAAUAAUUGUGUAAGUUUAUAAAAAAUGAAUUUGAAGUUUCCUACAAUAUUAAUUUUUAUUAAUACAUAUUGUAGUCAAAUUUUCUACAUUUUUUUAUACAUAAUAAUACAAUUAUAAUACAGAUAAAAUAAAAAUAAUUUUUAUAAUGAAA